ACCGGUGAGUACACACCAUCCAUUCCCUCGCCCAACUGCAAAGUGCAAACCUCCUCCACAGCGUUAGGCAGCUCACCCUCGACCUUCAAAUUCAAAGCACCUUGCUAAGCCAUGGCUGCCAAGAUCACCGCAUGCUUUACCUUCCUAAAGGAAGCUCUGAUCCUCCCCACGCUAAACCCCAAGCUCUUCGCGCCCGUGCUCCUCUUCUUUGCCGUCACCGCCUUCCUUGACCCCUUGGUCCACGUCGUGUUCGUCCAGCCUCUCGGCGAUGGCAUGGCCAGCCGUCUCACCGAGAUCAACAACACCGACCCCUCGAGCGCCGAGUACGGCAAGCUCGUGGAGAAGUUCAUGGAGACGGAGGAGAUGAAGCAGGUUGGUAAGAGGAUGCUCCGCAUCACCAUCGCCCAGUUUACCGUCGGUCCGGCGCUCGGCCUCGUCAAGCAGAUCCUCGCCCUCUUCGCGGCCUCCACGACCUACUCCGGCGACCGCUACUCUCUAGCCGGGCUCCUGAGCGAGCUGGUCAGCGGGAGGAUCAGCCUGAAGGGCCCUUCCAUCACCAUCGCCGUCGUCGGCGCGCUUGACUUCGCAGGGGCAGUCCUGGCCGCGCUGCGUUAUCACGUGAUAGGCGGCCGCUCGGGGGUGCUCUCCGUCCAGGGUCUCGUCUCUCUCCUCGCGCACCUUGCCUCCCUGUGCUUCACCGUCAUCGCGCUGGUGGGCGUCGCAGCAUCUGUGGCCGACAGCAGGAAGUGCCGCGGCGUGCGCGCGCUCCGGCAGGCGUGGCGGCUCGUGACGCGGGUGAGGAGGAAGGAGGGUCUCGUGCUGGUGCUCGUGGCAUACCUCGGGCCUACAGUUGUGGCUCCGUUGCACAGGUUCGCUCUUGGGUAUUCCAAGAGCAGCAUGGCGGCGUGCUUGUGCUUGAUGGCCGUGUAUGCUCUUCUGUCUGGCGCGCAGCAGCUAUUCUCCUUGGCGGCGGCCACGGUGUACUACUACCAAGCCAUGGAGAACAAGGAGGUAAUCGAUGCCUUGUGGUUAUGCUAAGAUAAGAUUCCUUCCGGGGAAGGAAAUGCACGACCCUCAUUUCGUUUACUGCUAGCGCUAGAGAGAUGAGCUGAUUUCUCGUGUGAUAAUGACAUACGUGCGAUUAUA